AUGUUGAGCAUAAUGGUGGUUGAAACGCUAAAAUUGGGACAGCAGUUUCCUACUUCAGGAAAUAAUAAUAGCCAACAGUCACUUACAUCUUCGAGUUCUGAAAGCCCUAUUCCGAGUCAAUGCGAUUUGUUUAUCAAGAAUCUUGAUGAUAACAUUUCUAAUAGUGACAUUGUUAAUUAUUUUCGUCGAUUUGGUCAUAUAAUUAACGCUCGCGUUAUGAGAGAUCCAAACACUAAUAAUUCAAAAGGAUUUGCGUUUGUCAGUUAUACGUCUGCUGAAGAGGCAGAUAGAGCAAAGUCAUUUAUGGAUGGCAAGAUACUUGGUUCCAAACAAAUUAUUGUAAGAUACCAUGAGCCUAAAAACUUGCGUGAAAUUAAAUCCACUUUUAUAUCAGAAAAUCGAGUACCUUCUACUGAUGAAUUUAUGCAGAAAGGUCUUUCUCUUCCGAGAAAUUAUAGUAUCCAACAAUCGUUUACAUCAUCGAGUCCUAUUGUACGUUCGAGUGACCUAUUUGUCAAGAAUCUUGAUGUUAAUAUUUCCAGCAGUCACUUUUUCAAUCACUUUCGUCAAUUUGGUCGCAUUAUUAGUGCUCGAGUCAUGAGAGAUCAAGAUACUAAUAAUUCAAAAGGAUUUGGAUUUGUCAGUUAUACUUCUGCCGAAGAGGCGGAUAGAGCCAAGUCAUCUAUGCAUAACAAAAUGCUCGGAACAAAACAAAUUAUUGUAAGAUUCUAUGAGCCUAAAAAAUUGCGUGAAGCUGCAUUAGCAAAUCAAUAUAACUGUAAUCCCACUUCUAUAUCUGUAUAUUCUACUAAUGAAUUUAGGCAAGAUCUUUCUCUUCCAAGAAAUUAUAGUAGCCAACAACCGCUUACAUUACCGAGCCCUAUUAUACGUUCGAGUGACUUAUUUGUUAAAAAUCUUGAUGUGAAUAUUUCCAGCAGUGAUCUUUUCAAUCAUUUUCGUCGAUUUGGUCGCAUUAUUAGUGCUAGAGUCAUGAGAGAUCAAGUUACUUAUAAUUCAAAAGGAUUUGGAUUCGUCAGUUAUACUUCUGCUGAAGAGGCUGAUAGAGCCAAGUCAUCUAUGCAUAACAAAAUGCUCGGAACAAAACAAAUUAUUGUAAGGUUCUAUGAACCUAAAAAAUUGCGUGAAGCUGCAUUGGCAAACCAAUUUAAUGGCAAUUCUACUUCUGCCAACAGACUUGGACAAGGAAGUUUCUUUCCUCCGGGAAAUUAUGGCAGUCAGCAGUCAUUUGCGUAUACAAGUCCUGAAGGCCCUAUUAUGGGUCUAUACAAUUUACUUAUCAAGAAUCUCGAUACAAAUAUUUAUAGCAGCGACCUUUUCAACCAUUUUCGACAAUUUGGUAAUAUUACUUGUGCUCGUGUCAUGAGGGAUCCACAAACUAAUAAUUCAAAAGGAUUUGGAUACGUCAGUUAUACUUCUGCUGAAGAUGCGGGUAUAGCUAAGUUAUCUAUGCAUGGUAAAAUACUUGGAACCAAACAAAUUGUAGUAAGGUUCUGUGAGCCCAAAAAUCAUGUAACUGAGUUGGACAACAAAUUUAAUGGUAGUCCUAAUCCUUCAUCCGAAGAUCAUUCUCUUCCUAGACAUAAUUCGG